UUCUCUCGCUGCUCAUUGGCCGCAGCCCUCUUUCUCAUUUCGCAAACAUUUCCAUUCAUACAACUGCUGCGCGACUGAACAAAAUAACUCGCAAAGGAAAAAAACAAACGGACAACUUCUCGUGGACAGGAACUAAUUAUUUAAAAGUGUGUAAACGAGGUGGAGCAGCGGGAGAAGGAGGAGGAGUGACACCUUCUGCACCGGCGCGCAUUAAACGCAUCGAGAACAGGACUCGCUGUUGGACACGUUUCUGCACCCCUGGUCAGGUAUACAGUCAUGUUCCAAACUGUCCCUGACACGUCGUCUUACGUCAAGGAGGCGCUAUCAGUGGUGAGUGAAGACCAGUCUUUAUUUGAGCCUCCGUACGCUGCUGCUGCCCCUCUCCCCAAGACAGACAUGACUGCAUCUGGCGCGCAGGACUACGGCCAGACUCACAAAAUCAACCCAUUACCCCCACAGCAGGAGUGGAUCAACCAGCCAGUGCGGGUCAACGUCAAGCGAGAAUAUGAGCAUAUGAACGGAUCACGCAGAGAGUCUCCAGUGGACUGCAGCGUGGGUAAAUGUAAUAAGCUGGUGGGGAGUAACGAGACGUCCCAGAUGAACUAUGGAAACUACAUGGAUGAGAAAAACGCCCCGCCCCCUAACAUGACCACCAAUGAACGGAGAGUCAUUGUACCAGCUGAUCCUUCAUUGUGGUCGCAGGACCACGUGCGCCAGUGGCUAGAGUGGGCCAUCAAGGAGUACGGCCUGUUGGAGAUUGACACAUCCAUGUUUCAAAACACGGACGGCAAAGAGUUGUGCAAGAUGAGCAAGGAUGACUUCCUCCGUCUUACCUCUAUGUACAACGCUGAAGUUCUUCUCUCUCAUCUCAAUUACCUCAGGGAAAGUAGCUCGUCAUUAUCCUACACCACCGCAUCACACACAGACCCGUCCCCACGUCUGGCUGCCAAAGAGGACCCUUCAUAUGAUGCUGUACGACGGACGGGAUGGUCAAACAACAUGCACAGUGCCAAAGGCUCUCCAGUGGGAACUCAGAAUGUGACCAAGACUGCUGAGCAGCCCAGAGCUCAACCAGAUCCUUACCAAAUACUUGGUCCCACCAGUAGUCGCUUAGCCAAUCCUGGUUCAGGUCAGAUCCAACUUUGGCAGUUCCUCUUGGAGCUCUUGUCGGACAGCGCCAACGCCGGCUGUAUCACCUGGGAGGGCACCAACGGCGAGUUCAAGAUGACGGACCCGGACGAGGUGGCGCGACGCUGGGGCGAGCGCAAGAGCAAACCCAAUAUGAACUACGACAAACUGAGCCGGGCGCUACGCUACUACUACGAUAAAAACAUCAUGACCAAAGUGCACGGCAAGCGCUACGCUUAUAAGUUUGACUUCCACGGCAUCGCCCAGGCGCUGCAGCCGCAUCCCACCGAGUCGUCCAUGUACAAGUACCCCUCGGACCUAGCCUACGUCCCUUCUUACCACAGCCACCAGCAGAAGGUCAACUUCGUCUCCCCUCACCCUCCGUCCAUGCCGGUUACCUCCUCCAACUUCUUCGGACCAACUGCUCCAUACUGGAGCUCGCCCACCGCCGGCAUCUACCCCAACCCUAACGUCCCCCGCCACCCGAAUACGCACGUGCCUUCCCAUCUGGGCAGUUACUAUUAAACACCUCUAUCUAACCGCCCACUAGCCAUGCCCGCCAUUGCUGACCUGUACUCCCAAUGACGCUAUACCCCAAAGAAGGCAAUGAAGAGGAAAUCGAAAGAGAUGAUUUUAUAUUUGUUAAGAUUUUUGAAACAACUGGAUGCUAUGGUCCAAAAUGGAAUACUACUUAUCUUAAGAAGACUUGAUCUUUUGGACAUGUGCCUUUAUCUUCCACAUCCUCCUAAAAGCUGCACCGAGUUCUUCUCCAAAACGUUUGCCAAGCCAAAGCCUGAGAACAGAAGAGCAAUCAUGUUUGGCUCCUCAGUCCAGACAUGGCCCUUUAUUUACGGGUCUCAAUCUCCAUCCUCCCGAGUACAUUACCGCCAUUACGCUUGAAAGCAUCUGCUCUUUCCACCAUCUACAACCUUGUCGGGGUUUGUAAUUCCCACCACAUCGAAGCCUUCAUCUUUUUUUCCAGCGCCUCUGCUCAUCCACCUGUAUCAUUUUAUGUGUGUGUAGAGAGUCUACUGGAAUUUGCUGGAAAAGAUGGAGCCCACCCCACACACACCACCACCACCAAACUCAACACACACACAAUAUGGACCUUUCUCGCCUAUGAAUGAAAGUUGGCAACUGGAAUAUGCCAUUCACAAUUUAAUUUAUCCUCCAAACUGGAAGGCAGGAGAAGAGUCCAAUAGCGAGGAAGCAAGCGCUGUAUGUCUGCUGAACUGCCAGUUGUACUUUAAAUGCUUUCUGCAUUGCGUGCGGAGUUGAUGACAGGCCGUGUGUACAGCUCUCUUGUGCUGAGGAAGCCGAGUCAACGCGUAAUUGAAACAAUUUUGCAACAAGUCAACCCAGUUCGACACACUCGGCUAUUAAAAGUUUACUGCGUUGUCGCCUCGAAGCCAUGUUUUGUCUCUCCACCGUGUCAGUAUUAAUGUGAAUGUUGUUCAGUUUGUGUCUUAAAGGAGGAUUUCAAACCAAAGAUUGUCAGGUGGUUUCAUUUUGUAAACAAGGAAACAAACAAGUAAUGACCAAGGCCAUUAAUUUGAAUAGUUUUUGUCAUUCUAAAAUACGUAAAGUCCUUGUCUUGGUUUCAUCGUGGUGAUAAAGUCCAACAAGACAGUAAAUCUAGAAUAAUGCAUUCCAGUAAAAUUGAAGUGUUUGCAUCAUUCUUUAACUGCUCAAAACAUUCCCUGAUGAGAAAUCUGACAAUUCUUGAUUUGUUUAAUGACUGCCACUGCAUCUCUUCUCUUUUUUGGGCAAGUCAGGAUCCUGUAGGUCACACUGCGAAAUGGCUUUCUCAAUUUUUUGUGUUAGUCAACAGUGUCAAGUUGCAUAUUACCAGGGCUGGAUCCUAGUUUGAGAGCAGCAUGUAUGCUUGAAUGUUAGUUUCUCACUGAUCUAAAGGCCAGAUAAACAUGCACAUGGACUUCCUCCUCAUGUAAUAUCAUCACAUGUUCAUCUUCAGGUGCAUAGGCGCUAAAGAGCAAAUGCACUCCAUGACCAGUAAGUGAAGCAGACACUUGAAAGUAAAUGACGUUGGACUAAGGUUAUCGGAGAACAAAACCAAUUUAAAAUAUGACGAGUUGAAACAAGGAAUUCCUCAGAUUCGCAAACGCUGUGCGUUUGUCAGACCUAUUUUUUAUUAUUUUAUAUGCAUCAGUCAACUAGGCAUUAAAGCAACUUACUGUAUAAAUUAUGCAGAGUUAUUUUCAUAUGUGACACAGUAUUAAAAAGAGACAAGAGAAUUAAUACGAGUUGACCUCGGUCAAAAAAAAAAAUACAAAUCUUUGAAGUCCAUUUCUGCUCAGUAGUUUUUUCAGCAUUUUAAGCGUUUUUAUAUUUGUACAUUUGGGCAAUACAUUUUUAGCUUUUUUAUUAUUAUUUCUUAUUGUAAUUAUUUUGUAUGAGAUUGUGUAACAUCCCAAGUGCCUUUGUGUACACAAGCUAAGCCUUCUCCCAAACACAAGUGACUGCUUGAAUCCAAUAACAGGGACCAUUUAACGCUGUCUGCAACAUGUGAUUAGGACAGUUCUUUAAUCACCGUUGAAGUCGAAUAGUCCGAAAAAAUUGGUGGAUAUUGAGAUAUUGUAUGUAAAUGAAUGAAAAUGGUAUUAACAUCCAUCAGCUUCCACCUGAAAUAAAAAGGGAAAUUUCUAAUGCACCCUGAA